AUGCAUUCAGUAACAAGUCAAGUGGGAACAACUGUUCAAAUUCAAACCACUAAUGGUUCUAUAUAUGAAGGAGUUUUUAGAACUUUCUCAAGUCAAUUUGAAGUUGUUCUUGAUCUUGUACACAAAGUUAAUGUUGAAAAAAAAGAUGUAAUCGAUGUAAAUACACUUGUGGAAAAAAUGAUAUUUAGACCCCAGGAUAUUGUAUUGAUGGAAGCACAUGAUGUGGAUAUUGAAUAUGCUACAAGAGGAAAUUUUCAAACAGAUGCUGCUAUCAGUAAGUUUAAUGGUCAAGUUUCAGAAAAAGAACUGGAACCAUGGGAUGGAGCUGGAUGUAAUGGCGAAGAGUUUGACUUAAAUAUCGAAACAGCAAAUGGAUGGGAUCCUAAUGAUAUGUUUAGGAAAAAUGAACAAGUAUAUGGUGUUCAAUCUAGUUUUGAUCAUUCUUUGGCUGGCUACACCUUGCCUUUAACUAAAUCAGAUUCUAAAGAUUAUAAGGAAGCUGAAGCAAAAGCAGCAAAAAUAGCCUCAGAAAUAGAAAAUAACCCAAGCUAUAUAGCUCGGUUAGAAAUGGAAAAUGGAGAUGAGGAAGAAAUGUUUGCAGCGGUUGUACGGAAUGAGGAUGAAGGCCAAGGAACCGCUGCUGAUAUUAGUGUAAAUUCUGAAGGAAAAUAUGUUCCCCCGGCAAAAAGAAAAGGCAACUCUGCUCAAGGGAAAUUAGUCAGAGCAACACCAACAAUAGCAGCAGCAUCAGCAGCAGCAGCAACAAUAAUAUUAAUAAUAAUAAUAAUAAUAAUAAAUCAGUCAGUAACAACGACUAUUAGCAGCAGUAGUACCUGCAAUUUAAGCAACAAUAAUAAUUUAAAUAGUAUCAGUAAUAGUAGUAAUAAUAGCAACAAUAGUAGUAGUACUAGUAGUGUCAUCAGCAGCAGCAGCAGCAAUAUUAAUAAUAGUAAUAGUAAUAAUUCUAGUAACAGUACUAUUAACAAUAAUGUUAAUAGUAACAAUAAUUGUAAUUCCAAUAAUUUAAAUAUAAAUUGCUGCAGCGGCAACAACAGUACCAGCAGUAGUCCUGCACCAGCAACAAAUACAACAAUCGCUGUUGUUGCAACGACAAGUAGCAACAGCAAUAAAAAUUUUAUUAGUUACCCCGCAUCUCCUUUUCCUCCACAUAUAAUGCCCCAUGGGCAAAUAAUUACUGCUCAUACCAUUGUGAAUCCUCCGCCACCCGCACACCUCCCUAUAAUGACAACUCAUCAAAGUGUUUUAGCUACUCCUUCGCACCCACACAUGCAUCCUCCACCUCAUCCCGGUUUAGUAAACCAAUCAUCUCCCCAACCUCCUCCUCCAAAUACAGCGAUGGCUCAACCACCCAUUCAUGUGCAACCCUCUAUUAUUUCACCAAAUCAGAGUCAAAAUAUUAUUCACAGUAUAAAUCCACCUAUACGGGAACCUGCAUUGACGCCUUCACAAGUUCAAAGUCACUUGCCUCAUGGAGUUCCGCAUCUUCAUCAACAAGGUCCCCAAAGCUACAGCCAAACGGCCAAAAUUAACGGAUUGGAGCCAAAGCCUCAAAGGCCGAAUAGCAUUCGGCCUCAGGGGCAACGAGCCUUUCAAGCAAGUGAUCCCAGAUAUAAUUUAGUUGAUGCUAGAACAGCUUCGGCUACUAGCCACCUUCCUCCUGCUCCUUUUCCGCAUUCACAACACGAAAUCAAAGGUUCGGAGCAGCAACCGCAAACGGCCCCACAAGUGCAACCACCAGUGCCGCACACUCAACAACAACAACAAGCUCCUCAGCCUCCGCAAAUUCAACCACCACAAUCAACUAGGAAACCUACAAGAAACAGAGAAGACCAAAUUGCCGAUUUGAAAAAAUUUGGAAAUGAUUUUAAAUUGUCAGAAAGGGAAAGCGAGAGUAGUGAAGAGUUAAAAAAUAAAUCUCCUCCCGUUGAUCCCUGGGGAAAAGGAAAAUCUCCACCUUCUGAUCAGAGUAAUAGCGGUCAAAUAGAUAAAGUUACAAACGCUCUGAAAAAAUCUACCUUAAAUCCAAACGCUAAAGAAUUUGUUUACAAUCCCAAUGCGAAACCGUUUACGCCGAGAUCACCUAGUACUCCUACACCAUCCAGGCCUCAUACACCUCAAACUCCUGGACCAGGAGGUUAUUCGGGGCCGACAGGUCCUUUACAGACUGUGAUGAUGCCAGCUGCUUAUGUUAUGAGUCAGCCUACGGCAUUUCCUCCGCAAACACAAACACAGAGAUUUCCUAGAAAAACAGCUGUCCAAAUGGCACAUAGGCCGGAUAUUGCUUCUCAAAUGCAAGUUGCUGCGGCUACAGGUCAACCUUUGUUAGCUCCAGCUCCAAUUCAUCAAUUUACAGUUCCAUAUAAUCCUCCUCAUCCUCAACCGUAUCAACAGAUGGUUAGAAUGGUCGCGGGGCAAACGAGUCAAAUGAUGUUUCAUCACGAAGGUACGCCACACGUUCAGUAUAUGAGUCCUCAAGGCCCCGGGCAACAUCCCGCGGCUGCUGGACAAUAUCCUCCACCUCCGCAGCAAGGAGCUCCUCCGCCACCGCAACCUCCUCAUUUUCCAGCUGCAAUGGUUUGCCCUGUGAUUCCUCCGCAAACGCAUAUGAUGCAACAGACUGUACAAUAUAUCCAUCAUCAACAUCCACAAGCUGUAGGAAAUCAGCAACCUCAUCACAUACAGGUUAUAUUGCCUCCUAGCCAAUGA